AAUGUUUUAUCCAAAUUAUCUCACAAAUUGCUAAAAUUGAUAGUUAGUCUAACAAAUACUAUCAUUGUGUAAUGAAAACUAUUUCAAAACCUAUUGACUUAUUAAAGGAUAUUCAUUGAAGGUUAACAUUUGCAAUGAUAUGGAGUUUUUUACUAAUGAAGAAGACAAGUUUGAUAAUGCAUUGAAUGAUAUAAAUGAAGUACAAUUCAAAGUAAAACAUUUGACUAAUCUUGGGAUGCAAAAUUUUAGUCAUUUUCGUCAAGGAUUAGAUAGACAGCAACGCAUUUGUUCUGCUAUGUUAUAUUGUUCAUGCAUUACAUAUGCUUCAAAUAAUCUCACGUUGCACACGUAGUCUAAUUUGCCACGAAAGUCAUCAACGGGAGCGUAGGCGUCAUGAUUUAAUGAGACAAUUAGUACAUAUUGAAAAAUGUCGAGACAUACGAAUGAGACCUGAGGUAUUUAUGUUGUUGUGUCAUAAGUUGAGAGGGACUGGUUUUGUGAAAGAUACUAUACAUUUCACAGUUCAAGAACAACUUGCUAAGUUCCUACACAUCAUUGGUCAUAAUGUCAAAAAUCGUACGGUGUCAUUUUUCUUCCACCGUUUCGGUGAGACUGUUGGUCGCCACUUUUACAAUGUUUUAUGUGCCAUCAUUCCAUUAGAAGAUGAGUUCAUUGUCCAGUCCAACCUGGUAUGGAUGUACCUCCAAAAAUAUUACACAAUAACAAAUUCUAUCCUUUUUUUAAGGUACUUUUAUGUCGUCAAUUCACCUUGAUUUGUUCAUCCUCACAAACCAUGACAUCAUUUUAUCACUAAUAGAAUAUCUUAUUCAAUAAAAAGGAUUGCAUUUGAGCUAUUGAUGGGACACUUAUUCGAGUGAAAGUACCUAUAUCUGAAUCCCCUCGAUUUCGUGGAAGAAAAGACUACCCUACACAAAACGUCUUGGUUGCAUGUAAUUUUGAUAUGAAAUUCAUAUAUGUUUUACCCGAGUGGGAAGGCACAACAUCUGACUCUAGAAUUUUGAAAGAUGCUUUAAGUAGGGUAGACCCAUUAAAAAUUCCUGAAGAACUAAAGGCUAGACAUACAAGUAAACUUUCCCAGUACAAUCAUACUGUUGCUACAAUAUUUGUGGAAUAUGCUUCUGCGAUAGUUUACAGAACUGGAUUGAAGAUUUAUAUUGGAAGCAGCAUGAAAUUAAUUAUCCAGACAUGGAUGAUGCAAUGGUGUGGGGCAUGAAAGGUUUUUGUAGCCAAUUUGUCUGAAACUGGUUGUUAUUUAUUGUGAAGGGAUGUAUCUCAUUGUAUAUGUUUAUUGUAUUUUGUAAUGCUACUUCCUGAUGGAUUUCAUUUGUAUAUUGGUUUUCCAGAGGAUGUUACUCCCAUUCCCUCGGACAGCACCCGUAGAAAGAGGGGUAGAAGGGAAGCUGGCUUUGUAUCGCUUAUUUUCCAAGCCAAACAGACUUGCUGCAUUUUGUUAUUUAGCAAGUUUGAUUUUAUCAUCAAAGAAUUUGAGUUAAUUUGGACAUCAUUUAAGAAAGAAUACUGAAAGUUUUGCACGUUG